CGAGGGCGCGGGGGCGCGCUCUGAGGCCGGGGGAUGCGCCGCCGCCGCCGCGACCAUGGGCGCCGCCGCCUCCCGGAGGAGGGCGCUGAGGAGCGAGGCCAUGUCCUCGGUGGCGGCCAAAGUGCGAGCAGCCCGAGCAUUUGGCGAGUACCUGUCCCAGAGUCACCCUGAGAAUCGGAACGGUGCAGACCACCUGCUGGCUGAUGCCUACUCUGGCCACGACGGAUCCCCCGAGAUGCAGCCAGCCCCCCAGAAUAAGCGUCGCCUCUCCCUCGUCUCCAAUGGCCGCUACGAGGGCAGCCUCUCAGAGGAGGCUGUCAGUGGGAAGCCAGCCGGUGAGGGCCCCCAGCCCCGUGUGUACACCAUCUCCGGGGAGCCGGCCCUGCUGCCCAGCCCGGAGGCCGAGGCCAUCGAGCUGGCUGUGGUGAAGGGGCGGCGGCAGCGGGAACGGCACCCCCACCACCACAGCCAGCCCCUGCGCGCCAGCCCGGGGGGCAGCCGUGAGGACGUCAGCAGGCCCUGCCAGAGCUGGGCAGGCAGCCGCCAGGGCUCCAAGGAGUGUCCCGGAUGCGCCCAGCUGGCCCCUGGUCCCAGCCCUUCCCCUCGGGCUUUUGGGCUGGACCAGCCACCUCUGCCUGAGGCCACCAGCCGCCGCAAGAAGCUGGAGAGGAUGUACAGUGUGGAUCGUGUGUCUGAUGACACCCCCAUCCGUACCUGGUUCCCCAAGGAAAACCUUUUCAGCUUCCAGACAGCAACCACAACUAUGCAAGCCAUCUCUGCUGACUCGUGGUGGUUUCCCAGGGUGUUCAGGGGCUACGCGGAGAGGAAGCGCCGGAAACGGGAGAAUGAUUCCGCGUCUGUAAUCCAGAGGAACUUCCGCAAACACCUGCGCAUGGUCGGCAGCCGGAGGGUGAAGGCCCAGACGUUCGCGGAGCGGCGCGAGCGGAGCUUCAGCCGGUCCUGGAGCGACCCCACCCCCAUGAAAGCCGACACUUCCCACGACUCCCGAGACAGUAGUGACCUGCAGAGCUCGCACUGCACCCUGGGUGAGGCCUUCGAGGAUCUGGACUGGGAGACGGAGAAGGGCCUGGAGGCAGUGGCCUGUGACACCGUGGGCUUUGUGCCCCCCAAGGUCAUGCUCAUCUCCUCCAAGGUGCCCAAAGCUGAGUACAUCCCGACCAUCAUCCGCAGGGACGACCCUUCCAUCAUCCCCAUCCUCUACGACCACGAGCACGCAACUUUUGAGGACAUUCUGGAGGAAAUAGAGAAAAAGCUGAAUAUCUACCACAAGGGGGCCAAGAUCUGGAAGAUGCUGAUUUUCUGCCAGGGCGGCCCAGGACACCUCUACCUGCUCAAGAACAAGGUGGCCACCUUUGCCAAAGUGGAGAAGGAAGAGGACAUGAUCCAGUCCGGGGCCCCGGCCUGCCCCUCCUCACACGUGCGGGCCUGGGCUCUUCCCCACCAGCUUCUGGAAGCGCUUGAGUCGUCUGAUGAGCAAAGUGAACCCAGAGCCGAACGUCAUCCACGUCAUGGGCUGCUACAUCCUGGGGAACCCCAAUGGGGAGAAGCUGUUCCAGAACCUCAGGACCCUCAUGACCCCUUACAGGGUCACCUUUGAGUCCCCGCUGGAGCUGUCGGCCCAAGGGAAGCAGAUGAUUGAGACCUACUUUGACUUCCGGCUGUACCGCCUGUGGAAAAGCCGCCAGCACUCGAAGCUGCUGGACUUUGAGGAUGUUCUCUGAGGGCCAGGGCCACCACCCGGCUGCUUCCUUGGACCAGUGGCUGGGGCUGGGCCACUUGUGUGCGGCCCAGGACCGCGUGGGUCCCAGUCUUCUUAGCCGCUUCAGGGCACCCUCAGAUGUCGCUCAGGUUCUCUCCUGGGGGUCUGGUCCUCACCGCACCACAGGCCACUGAGGUCAUAGCCCCUGCGGCCCGGGACGAGCCUCGCCCCGUGUGGCCAGGGGUUGCUCGGCAGCCAGGCGCUGAUGGGGCCUAGGCCCCGCCCAGAGGCUGCAGCACUGGGGUAGCUCCUCUCUGCGGGUUCAUAGAAAUAAGUGCAAUUUUCACACCCCGGAAACAAUUCGAAGGGAAGCAGCAUUACUAGUUGAAUAGUUAAGUGCUAUGUUACCCGUUAACGGUGUAGACACCCCAGCCCAGUGUGUGUUCAGGACCUUCUCUGCCCCCAGCCCCCCAGCCCUGCCGUAUUUGAUCACCAGCACCAGGGCGGCCCGUCUGUGAGGCAGUGUUGCCCGGCUGUCCGGCCUGGCUCCAGCCCCGGCCGAGUCCCUGAUGGUCUGCGCUUGUACCCUCUUGCCACCCCUGCUUACUCUGACCUCAGCCGCACCGGCCCAGCAGGGGUGCCCAGGGCAGCAGUGGAGGGGGCACGCCUUCCCUUCUCAGAGGAGGCUCUGGGUUGAGCUGGGCCCUGCCUGCUCCCCGUCCUCCAACGCCCACCGGGCCCCCUGACGCCGUGGUGCAGUUCAGCUUUUGCCACUUGGUCUGGAGCCCACUCCCAGUGCAAAGGGUUCAGCAGGGGCAGGCCGGGGCUGGGCCCCGGGGGUGGGAGCCCUGCCGCACACGGCAGUGGGUGCCUGGACCCCGCAGCAGUGCUGAGCAACGGUGGACUCUGGGCGUGUGGCUUUGUUGGGGCCCAGUGGGGCCGGCUCUUGUAUAUAGCUGGGGCUCGGGGGCAGGCCCCCCUUUGCAGAGCCUGGGUGUGAGGACACCUGGCUAUGCCCUCAGCUAAGGGAGGGGCAGGGGCAUGUGCUGGGCUCUGAAUGAUGUACGAUAUCCCUUAGAGUGACCAUUAAACCUGACCCUCCGCUGC